CACGAUACAGUCGUAAGUGAAGCUAGCUAGGAACGCAACGAAGGGAUCGCGGCUUACAGAGACCCGAAACUCCCAUUUUUUCCCUCCUUCUGCUCCUCUCCUGCUCCAAACCAUUGAGGAAGAUUUAGGUUAAAUCCUGCUCAAUCCUGCUCUAAAUCCGUUACCAGACAGGCCCUUAGAGCUCCGCAUCGGCUUCAUGGCGGAAGCAAUCAAGGCCGAGCAGCACUCCGCCGCGGACGACGCUCCGGACAUAGGAUCCAUAUCCCUCGCUGCAUCUUCCUCAACCACUCAGACCGAACCCUUGUCGUUAUCUCUGGAAGAGAGGUUCGCUUUGGUGAGGAGCGUUGGGGAGGAGUGCAUUCAGGAGGAUGAGCUCCGGAAUUUGUUGGCGAAGAAGCUGAAUCCUAUCUGUUAUGAUGGGUUUGAGCCCUCUGGGAGAAUGCAUAUUGCGCAGGGUGUUAUGAAGACAAUAAAUGUGAACAAGUUGACAUCAGCUGGCUGCACUGUAAAGAUAUGGAUAGCAGAUUUGUUUGCUCAAUUGAACAAUAAAAUGGGUGGUGAUUUGAAUAAAAUACACAAGAUUGGAGAGUAUCUUAUUCAGAUAUGGAAAGCUGCAGGAAUGAAAACUGACAAAGUUGAGUUUUUAUGGUCUUCCAAUGAAAUAAAUAGUCGACCUGACGAAUAUUGGGCACUUGUAAUGGAUAUAGCUCGAAGGAAUACGCUAGCGAGGAUAGUACGGUGUUGUCAAAUCAUGGGCCGAAGCGAACAAGAUGAGCUAACAGCUGCCCAAAUAUUUUAUCCAUGCAUGCAAUGUGCUGACAUUUUCUUCUUAAAGGCUGACAUUUGCCAACUAGGCAUGGAUCAGAGAAAAGUAAAUGUGCUUGCAAGAGAAUAUUGUGAUGACAUUAAGAGAAAGAACAAGCCUAUUAUUUUGUCGCACCACAUGCUUCCUGGGCUGCAGCAGGGGCAGGAGAAAAUGUCAAAGAGUGAUCCCUCUUCUUCAAUCUUUAUGGAAGAUGAAGAGGCCGAAGUUAAUGUGAAGAUAAAGAAAGCAUACUGUCCACCCAAAAUUGUGGAGGGCAAUCCUUGCUUAGAAUACAUCAAGUAUAUCAUCUUCCCAUGGUUUCAUAAAUUCGAGGUUAUUCGUCAAGAAGAAAAUGGUGGAAACAAGACAUACGCCUGCAUGGAAGAGCUAAUUCCAGAUUAUGAAAGUGGAUCGUUGCAUCCAGCUGAUGUAAAACCUGCAAUAUCCAAAGCUCUAAAUGCGAUUUUGCAGCCUGUGCGAGACCACUUCAAGAACAACAAGGAAGCGAGAGAGCUACUCAAAACAAUUAAGGCUUAUCGAGUGACACGCUGAUUUCGAUCAUCUCUAAACAAGUCAUGUUUGAUCAUGUAAUGAAUUUUUAAAUUAUUGGCUCUGAUUUAUUGUGAUUUUUCGAGCUAAAAUCGAACCGUAAAAUUUUGUCGAAAUGUAGAAAUUUAUGUUGAAACAUUUCUGCACGUAUAAUGUAAUAAAACGACUUUUUUGUGGACUCUAAGCCCCGUUUGGGGCAGCUGAUAAGUGCUGCAUGUUAUAAGUGCGGUUUGUUUGCGGCUGCAUAACCGU